AUGAUUCGAUACAAUAUCAACCGCAUAGUCGGUGUUUGUGCCAUCGUCUUGCUGCUGAUCUUCAUAAUUCUCAACCACACGCCCGACACGCCACAAAUAAUCGAAUUGGAGACGACAUAUGUGCCACCAACAACCCUCUUCAGUCCACCCAAAACAAGCAGAGCAUCGAAGCCACCAAGCCAACCGAAGAAACCACAAAGUGGUGCCAAAAAGUUCUUCGUAUUUAGUCCAAGGUGCAAGAUACCCUAUGUCGAUCCAUUCAAAUCCGAACUAGUGGACGUGAUGUCCGAAGUUCCACUCAAGGUCUGUUCAAUGGAUCAGGACCUUUUCAGCGUUCUCUAUGACCGCAAAGCGAGGCACUACACACUGCGCGUGAACCAAGAUUUCGUGAAGACGAAAUAUGCAGACAGUAGCGAUUUGCAUUGUGUCUAUCGGGAGGUAAUUCCUGGAAGUAACGAUUCAUUUGCCAUGACCAACAGUCCUCAAGUCUUCGAAGAAUACUUCGUUGUGCCACGUCACUUUCUUGGCGUGGUGGUUCAGUGCAAUGAAAUGAAGAACCUCUCGCAAGUGGUGCAGGUCGAUGCGUUCUCCUUCGCACAGUAUCCGGAGGACCGCAACGAGACGAGCGAUGACUGGCGCGGCGCCCACUAUCCCAGUGUCUUCCUCUUUGGCAUCGACAGCAUGUCCCGGAUAAACUACCGUCGGACCAUGCCUCUCACCUCGCAGUUCACCAGUCAGCAGGGCUGGUAUGAGAUGGAGGGGUACAACAAAGUGGGAGACAACACCCUGCAAAAUCUACUGGCCGUCCUGACGGGUCGCAGCACAAAAGAGUGGGCAAAGAACUGUGACUUAAACAAUCCGAGCUGCUUUGUGUAUUUAUGGGACUACUUUCGCAAUGCCGGCUACCUGACUGCAUAUGUGGAGGACCUUCCCUCCAAAUCGACAUUCAACUAUUUGAAGUCGGGCUUUACACGGAAGCCGGUCGACUUCUAUCUUCGUCCAUUCCAGCUGAUCCUCGAAAAUGUGGUCAAAACGUUCGACUGGCUUGGCCAGAAAUACUGCUUUGGGCGGAGGACAAGUCUUGAUUACGUCUUUGAUUAUGUCAAGCAGCUGAUCCAGCGCUUUGUGAGGGAAUCACCGAAGCCCUUGUUUGGUCUCUUUUGGACGAGGAGUUUCACCCACGACCACCCCAGAGGGGCCCACUCUCUGGAUGGGAUCUUCGUCAAAUACUUUGAACAGUUCGAGGAGUACGGAUUAUUCGACGAGGCCAUUGUGGUACUCUUCAGUGACCACGGGUCCAGGUAUGGGGAGUUGGCGGAACACCUUUCAGGCUUUCUGGAGGAGCGCCUGCCCAUGCUGCAUAUUUAUCUGCCGCCCCACUACCGUCGUCGCUAUCCAGAGGUGGCACGCGCUCUUCAGCUCAACAAGAAUCGUCUUAUCUCCGGCUAUGAUCUCCAUAUGGGCAUCAGAUCCAUUUUGGAGCAGAUUCGUCCACAGCUUAAAUACCCGAACUAUGCUUGUAAAUAUUGCCGAUCCAUCUUUGAAGAGCUUCCCAGCAACAGAGAUUGCAACGAUGCCAACAUUCCAUAUCAAUGGUGCGCAUGCGAGACCUUUGUGCCAGUGUCCAUCACUGACUUCAACAAGAAACUGGCCGAAACGAUUAUUCAUCGAAUGAACGAUCAUUUGGCUCAGCUGAAACUGGAUGACGACUGCCAGCGAAUGUACCUCCGUAAACUGCUGAGCGCCAAGCGCCAGCGCCGCUCUGAUGGCGUAAGAAUGGGUAUAUAUCAAUUGGAGUUCAUUACCUCACCGAAUGGCGGGAAAUUUCGAUCUAUUGUCCAAAUCGACAAAAGCGCGAAGUAUGUAGAUAUUGAAUUGGAGGGGAUCACUCGAUUGAACUACCGCAAUGAAUCCUAUUGCGUGGAAGACGCUCUGGCCAAGAAAAUUUGUGCUUGCCGCGAUAAGAAACUGAUCGGUUCCUUAUUCGACAUCAAAAAUACGGCAGGAGGAUGAAUAUGAUAAGGCGAAUGACUAUUUAUCAAUGUUUUCAGCGAUAGACUUCAUCGUUGUGCAUAAAUAUCUGUACCAUUUUUGAGCAUUUAAGUUUCCAAAAGGGAAAGAAUA